AUGGGGAGAGGGCUUGGGGCAGGGGGCAGCAGGUUGUGGUUCCAUACCAGGGUGUACGGCCGGGACCGUGUCAGGUUCGUGGAGAGCCUGGUGGUGGGGGACAUCGCCGAGUUGAAGCUGGGACAGGGCACCCUGACGCUGCUCACCAACGAGAGGGGUGGCAUCGUGGAUGACCUCAUUGUCACCAACGCAGCAGAUCACCUCUACAUCGUGUCCAACGCCGGCUGCACCGACAAGGACUUGGCCAUUAUGAGGGGCAGAGCAGCAGAGCUGCAGGCCACAGGUAGUGACAUCCACCUGGAGACACUGGACAACGCGCUGCUGGCUCUGCAAGGUCCUUCCAUGGCACGGGUGCUGCAGGCAGGGCUGUCAGAUGACCUGGCCAAGCUGCACUUCAUGAACAGCGUCACCACAACGGUCUUCGGCGUCCCAGGCUGCCGGGUCACGCGCUGCGGCUACACCGGCGAGGACGGCGUGGAGACGGGCGGCCCCCCCCCCUCCCUGGGCAAGAACAUCGCCAUGGGCUACGUGGAGACAGCACACAGCCGCGCUGGCACCGCGCUCACCGUCGAGGUGCGGAAGAAGCAGCACCCAGCCCUCGUCACCAAGAUGCCCUUCGUGCCCACCCACUACUACAUAGCCAAGUGA